CAAAGUGAUCACCUUACGCGCAUUGCAUCAUCCGAUCAACGUCAACCGUCGCUUGAUCGCCGUGCGAUCGCCAAACUCAGACAGCACUAAAUCUACGCAAGGAUGUAGCGCUGCUCUUUUACGCUGCGGCGCUAUAUCUCGAACCGAUAUAAUACCCUGGAAACGGCCGUAAGGACGCAUGGACCCAGACCGCGACGGAAUCACGUCAUAAAAUUCCGAGGUUCUGAGCAAUUUUGAGGCAAACUUUGCUGGACUUCCCCUUCUCAUCCUUCCUUCUCCAUUACAGACUUGCGUAAUACCAACGGGAAUUCCACUCUAAAAGACGCUUGGACUCGCGCUGCACUCUCUCUCCUUCACCUCACAUUCCUUUGCUUGUUCCACCCAUGCCGACCCUCAAUGAAAAGCACAAUGCCGAGAUUCAAUUUGAGACUCCCGAAUGCAUUGUGGAGAGAAAGCAAACGCCGCUUCCCGUUCAUGUUCUACCUGAAGCCGCGCUAGUUGCUGACGGAGGACGUGAGGCCUGGGGCACAGUGGUCGCAUCUUUCUUGGUUAUGUUCUGCAGCUUCGGGUACAGCAGCUCCUUUGGUGUCUAUCAAGACUUCUACGCUCGGACGUACUUGGACAACUACUCUUCGUCUUCGAUCUCAUGGAUUGGGAGCGUCAACAUCUUUAUCCUGCUCUCAGGCGGAUUCGCCGCUGGGCGCCUGCACGAUCAAGGCUACUUCUACUAUCUGAUGUUCGGAGGCUGCUUACUGACGUCGCUGUCUCUGUUUAUGCUGUCGCUCGCUCAGCCAAACCACUUUUACCAAGUUUUCCUCACUCAGGGAGUCGCGAAUGGAAUCGGCGCAGGCAUGACCUAUGUGCCAUGCAUGGCCGUUCUAUCACAUCACUUCCAGAAGCGUCGAGCGCUGGCCAUGUCCAUCGUUGCUUCCGGCUCCUCUUUAGGGGCCGUUAUCCACCCGAUCAUGCUCAAUCAUACAUUGCGCAGCGGACUGAGCUUCGGCAAUGCCGUCCGCGUUAGCGCCGGUCUCAUCUCCGGGCUAUUGCUCUUCGCAUGUUUGCUGUUCCGCACGCGACUCGCUCCUCCCAAGCAAACGAUUCAUCUCCGUCAUAUCUUGGUCAAGUUUGCCCGGGAUAAAGCCUACGUCACAGCGACUCUGGGGCUUUGUGUCUACACAGUCGGCUUCUACUAUCCACUCUUUUAUCUCCAACUUGACGCAGUGCAACACGACCUUGAUCCAUCCUUUGCCUUCUAUGCACUGGUGAUCAUGAACUCGUCGAGUUUCCUUGGCCGACUCGCCCCGGGCUUCUUUGCUGGACGACUGAAUCCCAAGACCAUGAUGGCCAUCAGCACGGCCUGUGGGGCCAUCCUGAUCCUCGCGAUGAUGGCCCUCAGGAACAUCGCCAGUGUAGUGACCAUCGGUGUCUUGUACGGCUUCUGCGCAGGAUGCAUCGUCACUCUCGUGGGCCCGCUCUUCGCUUCUCUCACCGACGACAUGUCCGAGCUGGGUGCUCGGCUUGGUCUCUGUACUUCCCUGAGUGGACUCGGAAUCCUGAUCGGCCCUCCCCUCGACGGCAUGCUAUUGACAGACAAGUUCUACUGGUGGCGUCCUGCUCUCUUCAGUGGGAUUAUGGCCGCCGUUGGAUGCGCACUGUUCCUGCUCAUGUUCGUUCUCCACAGGAAGAAGAGAGCAGCCGGAGUCGUUGUCGAAUUGGCCUUGGUCCAUGUCGACGCCCACAAGUGCUAGAUCUAUGCUCUGCUUGUCGAGUUUGUACAUCUAUCUAUAUUUACCACACAUACGCUCUCGGGCCGGGCCGGUACCCGGCAACUCCUAAUGCCUAUCAUAAUCAUACCGUCAUUCAUCACCUUCUGUGAGGCAGGCAGUCCCACUGGUUGCCCGGCGCCAUGUCGACGUCCUCUGGCUCUCAGCCUCAGGUAACCUCCAGUGCACCGCCGCCAGGCGGCGGUGGCGGCACCGACAGCACUUUUCCUGGUCCCGGUGCAGGGAACCCCAAGCUGUAUAUUUAUACCUUCCUCUCCACGGUCGUGGUCCUGACCGUAGCCACUGCGUUCCUCGUCCUGCGCAUGCACCUCGCGCGAAGGAGGAUACAACGCGCGAUAGCCAAUGGGACCUUCGUAGCGCCUGGACAGCCUGGGAACGCGAAGCCAGUAACGCUGCUGCGGAGGCCAAAGAUGUACGACGUGUAUGUUGACGAAAAGGCGGAUGGGAAAGGUUGUUGGGAGGCAUUGCAUGUGCGUUCUUCCCUGUCUCUCUAUGUAUCACGAUCCUGCGCUGCUGACAAGCGCCUCCCUUCGCAGCCCGUCGCGGCUUUGGAUACCUCACUAUUGUACACGAAGCCGCCAGGGCCGGUGGAAAGUCCGAGCAACCACGCGGACCAAAGUCCACCGAGCAGGCGUCCAUUCACGCUGCGCACUCUGCUCAGACCGAUUCGUGCCGUCCGAGAAUCUCAGCUUCCAGAUUCUUUCUCCUCCCGUUCCGACGACCACUCCCCUCCUGCCGAGGCCGAGAUGUCCAAUCCAGCUUCCCCUUCCUCUCCUCCUUCUCCUCCCGCUCAACUCUGCGUCGCGGUGUUGGUCCACAUGCCCGACUCCCUGGCUGGCUGCAACAACGCUUGCGAUGCGCGGCGCAACGCCAAGGGAGACGAUAACGAAGAUCUGCCGUGUUAUGAGAUGGGAUUCGUUGAUGCCCGGGUUCUACGGCCAAUGCAAGUUGACUGAUCGUGUGUAAUACUAGUAGUCUGUGCGUAUGAUGGGACUGCUCGUCCCGGCCGCAGCAUCCAACAUGCUGCUCUGGCCGCGUUGAUCCAGAUUUCUCCCCACUGAUGUUACCCGCAGAGCUUGACUACAGUGAGCUGCGACACUGUAAGCUCCGACAGCCAUUAGCAAGCAAGCUCCCACACGAUUCUCUAGUCACAGGUGCCAUCUUGCAGACUGAUGCUGGCCAAUCAGGACACUGAUCUAAUAAGAUAUGUAUAGACUGAAAGCGUUCUACGAUUUCCCGUAUUAGACGAGCUGCGCGGUGAGAAAUCUAUCUUCGUCGUGGGGUCAAAGCUUGCCUCGAGAUUGGAGUGGACUGUUGGCUCCACUCACAUCAGAAAGGGAUCAUUGCCCUCAUGGCAAUGAUGUGUCUCGUGGUUCUUCAAUGUGGCUGAGGACCAGCUUACGCUAUCAGGGAGGUGCUGAUUCGACUUUCGGGGAUAUACCCUUCUUCUGUGAGAGUCGACAGCCCUGAGUCGAUUACUCGUUCAGUGACAGGGAGACUGCCAGCAGAAAGGCACGCUGAACCAAUAGCCCAGCCCGCGUGCAACUUCUUCGUGCUAUCCUUCGAGGAACCACCCACGACCCAAACUUCGAUCUUGAUCCUGUUCCAAGUUUUUCGAACGCGAUCGCUUCCAAACUGGACCCGAUCCAGGGCAUGGCCCCUAUCCAGUGGUUCACAAGACAUGAGAUUCCAUGGCAGAGAUCCGUCGAAGGGAACGAGAUCCACGUCAGGGAGACCGCAGUCAGGUACCUGGGUUAGCCGGAAUCCGGAGUCAGAAAACCCUGUCUCGAAAGGCGAGGUUCUUCGAAGGCGUGGAAUCUGAACCUUAACUACUUCCAGCGUUCUCGGGAGCAAUAAUAGCUCGAUUUUUUGCGGCUCGCGGUACGCAGACAUAGAUAUUUGACGUCGAAAAUUUUCUGUGGGUGGGAUACCGUCGUCCAUAAGGGUCAAGGUCUGUUUUAGGAAAGUGCGAUCAUGAUCCAAUGCUGGGGUCCAGUGAGUGAUCUCCAGUCA